AUGACCAUCGAGUGAAGUGCCAAAAAUCAUAGUUGUGUAACUCGCGGUUUUUUCGUGUCUGUAUCCAGAGCAAAAGCAGUAUGCAGAUCAGAGGAGGCACUGAUCUCUAUGAACAACUAAGUAAUAAAAAUUAUAAAAUUCAAAAAAUGGCGGCAUUCAAAUCCCAUGUUGCCUCAAGUCUUUUAAAUCACUGUUUGGAAAAUAUAUCGAAAAAUCUAACGUUACACCAAGAUUUAUUCGAUACUUUACCUCCCGAUAUAAAAAGUAAAUUAACCAAAAAGCUCUCCAUGCGUGGACUGCUUAGAGAUUGUCACUUAGAAAAGUUGCUGCAUCCAAGGAUUCGUUCGCUAAAUCUCAGCUCGUGUGAUAUAACAGAUGGUGGACUUGCUGUCAUUGCUGAAAAAUGCAAAUCUUUGUCAAGUCUGGACUUGAAUGCAGAGAGUGAACCGAGAAUUAACAUCACAUCAAAUGGUAUAAUGGUAGUGUUUAGAUCCUGUAGGAUGCUUCAAACGAUACAUCUCAGACGAUGCCCAGAAAUUGACGAUGAUGCUGUAGUUGCCAUAGCAACCAAUUGUCCACAUAUAGCAAACCUGAACCUAGGUGGUUGUCACCUACUUUCAGAUAGGUCAAUAUGCACCCUUGCCAAAGAAAGUUGGAAUUUGUCAAGUUUAAAUAUAUCCCAUACACAGGUCAGCGAUGUUGGCUUGUGCGCCUUAGCUCAUGGAGUGUGCCAGCAAAAUCUGAGAGAAAUUCACGUCGCGCAUUGUAACGCAAUCACCGACACGGCAAUCUUCGAUUUGGUUGAACGCUGCGAACGACUAAACAUUCUGAUACUGCACAACAGUCCAGGUAUCACAGAGAGAUCAAGGGACGCUCUGGAAAUCCUGUUGAGGCGCGGAUCUAAACAGCUUUCCUGGACAGUGUAUUGAUAUUUUAUAUAAAUGAUAUGCCUUUCGACGCGUUUAUUUAUCUACAUAUAUGACAAGUUGUAAACCGUAGAUAUCUUGUAAC